ACCAGGGUCCAAAACCACCGUCCAAGAGAGGAGCAGACUGCAGAGUGAUGCAUACAGCCACAAAGAUGAUGAUGACAAGCGGAGGUCUGAUGCUAACCUGCACUCUGGCUAUUACCCUCUUAUCCUGCGCACUCAUCUCUUCAACCACUUUCCAACAUGAAACUCAGUAUCCAGUACAAGACCCGUUAAUGAUACGCCAAGUCACUGACAAUCACCACCACCACCGCCACCACCCACGUAGGUCUUCUGCAAACCAUCGUCUACUGGGCACCACCACAGAGCUUCACUUCAAGUCCUUCAUGGAGGAGUACGAGAAAAGUUACUCUACGCACGAGGAGUACGUGCACCGCUUGGGGAUUUUUGCCAAGAACCUCAUCAAGGCCGCGGAGCACCAGGCCAUGGACCCCUCCGCAAUCCACGGCGUCACCCAGUUCUCUGAUCUUACCGAGGAGGAGUUUGAGGCUACGUACAUGGGCCUUAAAGGUGGCGCUGGAGUUGGUGGGACCACCCAGCUGGGGAAAGAUGAUGGGGAUGAGAGUGCAGCAGAGGUGAUGAUGCAUGUAUCUGAUUUGCCGGAGAGUUUUGAUUGGAGAGAAAAAGGUGCUGUGACCGAAGUCAAGACGCAGGGAAGAUGUGGAUCGUGUUGGGCUUUUAGUACAACUGGAGCUAUUGAAGGAGCUAAUUUCAUUGCAACUGGCAAGCUUCUCAGCCUAAGUGAACAGCAGCUUGUGGAUUGUGAUCAUAUGUGUGAUUUAAAAGAAAAAGAUGACUGUGAUGAUGGAUGCUCUGGAGGGCUAAUGACAACUGCUUUCAACUACUUGAUAGAGGCAGGAGGUAUAGAGGAGGAGGUAACCUAUCCCUAUACUGGGAAACGCGGAGAAUGCAAAUUCAAUCCUGAGAAAGUUGCGGUGAAAGUGCGGAAUUUCACAAAAAUCCCUGUGGAUGAGAGUCAAAUUGCUGCCAAUGUAGUGCAUAAUGGCCCGCUUGCAAUUGGAUUGAAUGCGGUAUUCAUGCAAACUUACAUCGGGGGUGUGUCAUGUCCUCUUAUUUGUGACAAAAAGAGGAUCAACCAUGGUGUUCUUCUUGUGGGCUAUGGUUCUAGAGGCUUCUCAAUCCUUAGGCUUGGCUACAAGCCAUACUGGAUUAUCAAGAACUCAAGGGGGAAGCGUUGGGGCGAACAUGGUUACUACCGGCUUUGUCGAGGGCACAACAUGUGUGGAAUGAGCACAAUGGUUUCAGCUGUGGUGACACAGACCUCUUGAUACCAAAACAUCUCUGCUCUUCAAAGGUUGUGUACAAGGUGGUUUGCUCUCGGAAGAUCUUAUCAUGUUUUCGAAAUAUUUAGGUUUGCAUAAUAUGAAGGGUAGAGAGUAAUAAGAAACAAACAAAAGUUCAGGUCUGUUUCUGAUAGGAAUGGAAUAUGAUCGGAGUCAUUUGUUACUGGAUCUUUCAGGAUUUCUCCUCUGUUUUUCGUUUCCAGUGAUUUGCUGUUCUUUGUAUAAAUGUGCUACCUUUGUACUUCGAUGUCGAUGACUUUUUUAA